CAGUAGACGGAAGAUCUGCGGCCCGCGGCAAGACUAUCAAGACGUGGUGAAGAUUACCGUCUAUGUACUUGCCAUUGCCAGUUCCAUAUACCUCCUUCUCCCUUUGCAGGUCGCCGGCAAACGCGACAAAGACCAGGAACGCGAAGCGCAGCACUGGAUCGAAACGCUGCUCGGCGAAAAGUUCCCCAACGACCAGCUGUACGAGGACUGCCUGCGCGACGGUAUCCUCCUGUGCCGUCUGAUGAACCGCCUCUCGCCGGGAAUCGUUCCGAAGAUAAACACCACCGGAGGUGACUACAAAAUGAUGGAUAACAUCAGCCAAUUCCAAAAGGCAUGCAUCAAAUAUGGCGUCGCCGAUGUGGACCUGUUUCAGACAACCGACCUGUGGGACAAGAAGAACAUUGCGCUGGUCACUACCACCAUCUUCGCCGUCGGAAGAGCGUGCUACCGCCAUCCGGAGUUCCGCGGCCCGUACCUCGGUCCGCGUCCAUCUGAAGAGAACCGCCGUGAGUUCACCGAAGAGCAGCUGCGUGCCGGCGAGGGUCUGAUUGGGCUGCAGGCCGGCUCCAACAAGGGAGCCACCCAGGCCGGACUCAACUUUGGGGCCACCAGGAAAAUCCUGCUCGGAAAAUAGGGUUUCAACAUUGAUUCCCGCAGAUCAUCGGCACCAUUAAACAAAUUUGAGUGAAUUAAAUUAUUUAUUUAUUAACACACCAUUGUAUCUGUUAAAGUUGGUCAUUUGUAGCCAAUGUUCUUGAUUGUUUGGAGUUUCGCUCUCGUUAUGAUUUCGAACAAUAUAUUUACUAGAUGCAUUCGGUGAUCUACGUCACUUUGAGGUAAUCAACAACGAAAAAGUAUUGUUUUCAGUAAGGACUAAUAAACUACAUAUGAGCAUGGUAUCCAUAUGAUAAGAUUUCAGGAGGCUGACUCAUCCGGUAUUUGUUUUUGAUAUGAAUACUGCAAUUUGAAUAAUAUGGUAUGCUUUACUAUGUUCCAAAAUUAA